AUGGACAACGAAAGCCAUAAAAUUAUAGAAGAAUUACGGAAAUUUAGUUAUCGGCAUUUACAACUACUAUCGAAACAUUAUGGUUUACCUUCUAAUUACAAAAAAUUGUAUCUUAUACAAAUGUUAGUCGCAAAACAAUUGGGUUCAGAGGAGUCAGUAACAGCCAUCAUUGAAAAAGUCACAAAGGAACGUCAAAGCAUGAAAAACUCCAAAAAUAGAACUCUGAAAUCUCAGAUGAAAACAAAAUAUAAUACUCGUCAGAGCGUCCUAGCAAGAUUAAUCCAUGCUGAUACCGCAAAAAAAUUGGAUGCCCAUAAGACUUUGAAACAAUAUGAAAAUCUGAGUUUGAGAAAUUACCAAAAACAAACAAAUCAAUUGGUUGAUGAACAAAUACACAAUGUUAAGCUAAAAUCACAAUGUAUCAUGAAAUAUCAAGUGAAUGGAGAUAUUAUUAUGAGGAAAGAUAAUGUGAAAGUGAUGUAUAACACCAGUUCUACUCACACUAUUGCACCUCUACCGGCGAAACGACAGAGAAUCCUGAGUGAUCCAAUAAAGCCCUAUCCCAUAUUAAAGCUUCAACAAGCUGAUUUGACCCUACGCAGAAAUGAUGGAACGGUCUCAAAAAUUAACGCUUUUAUCCAGGAGAAACCGCCACCAACCAGUGAAAUAAUAAGGGAUGUCUUACAAGAUCUUGAGAGAAAUAACUCGGAACAUAAUUUUAUACAAAGAAAUAUGUCUAUUGAUUCGGCAUUUUGUGAAGCGAACACAUCCAUGGCAACAAACGAUGGAAUUAUGUAUUAUGAAAAACGCGAUAAACAAACGAAAUAUGAAACAUAUAAAGAGAACUCUUUGCCAAAAAUUGCAGACGUUUUCAGCAAAUUCCAUCAUCGGGAUUAUGAGCAACAAUUAUCUGUUAGCGCCAAGUCUGACGAGUGUUUAUCUCCAUACAUGCCUCAAACCACCGUUCAGAACAUCCAAUUGGAGACCAUAUAUAACUUCAAGUCUCCCUUAACAAAUUCUUCACUCUUACAAAUCAGUACGAAGAAUGAAACCACAUGCACAAACAGCACAAAGACUAUUAUGUCUACGAAGGUGUACCCAACAUCCACAGUUAUAUCGCACAAUGCUUAUCCUAGGUACGAUGUAAAUUACGCAAACGGAACGGAUCAUGUCGAUAUGUUACUUUGCAAGGAACCAAUGCAGCAGCCGGAUAAUUCAGAUUUAAAUAAGAAUAUCGCAGAAUCCAGUGAGACCACUUCGUUUGACAAAAAUGUUGGAAAUGUUACCGUAUCAGAAAUGAUUGAAGACGCUUUAGAAGUUAUAAGUCAGGAUGAGGAUUACAUAAAUUGUGUAGACGAUACAAAAGUAAACUGUGUGUUGUGCAACUGGUGCGGACCGGGUAUUGUCGUCGACUAUCAUAUGCAAAAGAUCCACGAAAAUGAAGUUAUGAAGCAAGUAACGAAUAAUUGGAACAUCACAUUCACAUUGGGAGAGUUGGUACAGGAACCUCUUUGGUGCAGCCGCGUUUUGGAAUAUGAAUCUAUUUUCUAUGUUCUGAGUGCGAAAUACGAAGAACCUGAUGUGUUCAUGGCUACUCUGACGUCACAAUCCAUGGAUAAUACAUUCAAAACCGGUUCUAUUACGGUUUUCAAUAAAACUACAGGUGAACAAUUUACGUGGGAGGGGGAGAUUAAAUGCUUAACUCCGGAUUGGCCGCUCUCAAAAAAUAUAAACGGACUGAAAAUAAAUCUAUCAAAACUGGACUUACUGCCUCAAAUAAACCCCAUUGCUGGUCAACCGGGUUUAAAUGAUGUAGAUAUUAUAUUGUUCGCCAGGUUAUAUAACUAA